GUCGUAUAUUUAAAGUAGGAAACAUACCGGUAACUUAGGGGUGAAAAGGCAAUAUUCAUUUUGUGAUUUUGAUAAUAUCUAAAGAGAAAUGGUUCAGUUCGAUUUUGCUUUUAACAGAUGCUUAUGUUUAACCAUAUAGAAUAGACUUUGCUCUUCUUCUUUAAACUAUGUUAUCAUUUUAUAGAGUACCAAACCACAUCUCAAUGAAAAACAAGCAUACAUGGAGUGUCUUGAAGAAUUUAAAUCAAAGCCUACAUACAACAUGAUAAAAGAUUUAUCUGACAUAGCCUUGAAUGACUCAUUAUCAGCAUGUGUGAAUGGCAUGAUGGUUGACGGUCGAGAUGUCUUGAAAGAGGAAAGUUAUAACAGUUGGGUCAGUGUUGUUACCCAAGAAAUAGACCGAAAUGGAAUAAUCAGAAAAAAGAAAGCCGAUGUUGUCAGUAAUUUAAAAAGUAUCACGUGUCCAUCGCAAUGUAACGGUAAUGGUAACUGCAUAAAUGGAACAUGUGUAUGCAAAGAUGAUUACGGUGGCGAUUCUUGUUUUGUAAAAACAUCAGCGACUCCUAAACUAACCGAUAUAGAAGGUGGAGGUGAAUGUGAUCUUGCUGACGGCGAUGAUUGUCAUGAUUGUCUUCAGUUUCACACCGAGAACCUUUUGAAAGGAUUCAAGUGCAGGAUUGAAACAGUUGAUCUUGAUGUAAACGGAACAGCUAUCUAUUCUGUUAAACACGAUCGUGACGGAGAAUAUGAGAGCGUAUUUGAUGGAUACUGUUGUCCCUCGGCUGUAGAGAAAAGGAAAAAGAAAAGAGCUGUCACAUCUAAUACAUUUACAGUUAGAUACUCUGUAUCUAUUAGCAACGAUGGAAUACACUACGGACCAAGUAGAAAUGUUCAUGUCUUUGAUUCGACAUGUCAAUCAUACGUCAAUAUGCCAACAGGCUAUUUAAUUUUCAGUUUGAAGGCAGACACAUGCUAUAUAGACAGUCAGUGUUACAGGGACGGCGAACGAAGUCUAGAUAGUCCAUUUCUAAUUUGCUGCCCAUUUGUUACUAGCUACGAGUGGACAAAUCGGCAAGAUUGUGUUCCUCCGACCAGCAAUCAGGAAAACGGCGGUGAAAGUAGCAAUCUUAGUAUUGUAGCAGUGUCUGUAUCAGUGUCAGGAGUAUUUCUUGUUGCCGGUGUAGUGGUAUUUGCAAUUUGGACCUACAAAAGUAAAAGGCGGUCUGUUUGGCCCGUGCCUACAACAAAGGCGGAACCUCCUAAGUGUCCUGACUAUACCGAGUUGGACUUCAGCAAGGUGAAAUUUGAAAGCGUGGGAAAGGCAGUAUUCCAACCCAACAACUAAAUGUGUCUACUACCGAUUACUAAAAACGUGAAAUAACACAGUACAAUAAAGUAUCAAGACAAAUGCAAUUCUCUUAUAAUGUGUUAUCAUUUCAUAUUUUUAUGACAUUCAAACUUUCGUAUGACAAAAUAAUAAUCAUGACAAAUCUCUUAUAUAGAAAAAGAUUUGUAAACUUAAUAUGCGUUGAGUGUUUUCACGCAUUUCUUGUUUAAAGGUAAACUUUCUUCAAUUUUGUAAAAGCAUAUAUUUGAUGUAUAUGACACUUUUGUUUGAGACGUCACAAGGAAAUAGUAAAGUAUUCUUUAGUAAACUAUACAUAAUGAUAUGUGUAUGAUACAGCACUGUAGCAACAUUAUAUCUCUCUGUCUAUCUUUCCUUCUCUUAAUAAUUGGCGUUUUUAUUUAACCAUAUUUUAUUGCUCUUUUUGUUCACGUGUAUAAUUGUAUAUUUUCAUAAUAAUAUCGUUAUAUGCCCACUCAACACGCUUCAUAUAAAGUUUAGAAAAUUCAUUAAAACCUUAUUCAAUAUUAAUAUGAA